AUGUGUGAAAUCCAAUCCCUUGUGGUUCGACCCCUAAAUACUACAAUUAUAUGUUGUGCACUUGCAACACUAGUUGUCUUAGGGAAUUAUUACUUGUACUCAUCCCAUAGAUGCCGCAUCACUGAGCAUCGGUGGUUUGUCGGAGAGAGGCUUGAGACGGCGCCGCGAAGUGGAGAUCUGUGUAGGAGCAAUUGUUAUGGCGAGACUUUCGUGGAUGGAGAAAUUAGAGACGAAAACGGUCGUGGUGAGUGGAGGAGGCAGCUCCGGUUGCGAGGCGACGAAUUCAGACGGAAGGAAGUGUCCCGGCGGGCAGGCGGCGUUUCGGCAUGUCGGAGUUAG